AUGAAUGAUUCAAGCCAAAACGUGCCAAAAAUUCAAUUACCUGAUCCUAAGUUUGUACAAGACAUUAAAAUUGGGAAACCUUUGGAUUAUUCGUCCAAGAACCUAAGGACACUUGACAAACUUAUAAACGAAACGCCGCUGUCGGUCAGAGUCCACGGAGUUCCCGUUAGAGGCGUCAACAAGAGAUUCAUCUGUGGAGCCAUUUGGCUGAAUAAUAAUUAUUUGACGAGCUUAGAAGGCUUGAACAAAUCAGUCGAAGAGCUGCUCGAAGUGCCGGCAUAUUUGACUUGGAUUGACGUAUCUUAUAACGAAUUUAAAAAUAUUGGUCAGGAGUUUCUUCAUUUUCAAAAUUUGAGGAUACUGUACAUGCAUGGAAAUCAAAUAAAUGACAUUAUGGACGUUAUAAAACUAAAAUCACUCUUAAAAUUACGAACAUUAACUCUACACGGAAAUCCCAUAUCACGGCUAGUCAAUUAUCGUUCUCUAGUAUUGUUCUAUCUUCCGCAGAUUAAAAGUUUAGACUUUUCGUUAAUCACUCGUCAAGAGAGAAGUAUUGCUUCUCCGAUAGCCUGUAGCACAAUAAACAAAAUAAUUUAA